AUGGCGGAAUCCUCCAAUUCCGCCGCGGCCUCAGGCCCGGCCCAGUCCGCAGCGUCCACCAGCGCUCCCAAGCCCUCCAACCCAGCCUUCAGAAUGCUUGGAAUGCCGAAUCUUCGCAUGAAACUCCCCUCCCGGAACUGGAUGAUCUUCUUCACCAUCACCGGCUCGUUCGCCGCAGCUGUCAUUUACGACCGGAGAGAGAAGCGCCGCGCGCAACAAAAAUGGGGUGACCUUGUCGCCCACAUCUCCAAAGAGCAUCUUCCAAUCGAGCAAACCCGACGCAAAAUCAACGUGUUCCUCUCCGCGCCACCGGGUGACGGUAUCCGUGUAGCUCGCGACCACUUCAAAGAAUACGUCAAGCCGAUCCUCGUGGCGGCGGCACUGGACUACCAAAUCAUCGAAGGCAGGAGGGAAGGCGAUAUCCGUGCUGGUUACGCGGAGCGCAUUCGCAAGUGGAGACGCAAGGCAGGCGAACCGAGCACAGUGGUGGAGGACCCCACGGUCGAGGACGUCGUUUUCGCCGCCAGGACGUCGAUGGGCGUUAUCGAGGAGCCCGGACCGAAGGGUGAUCUGGUCAUCGGUCGUCACACAUGGAAGGAGUACAUUCGCGGUCUGCACGAAGGCUGGCUGGGCCCUCUCGAUCCUCCCCCUCCACCUCCGCCCACGGAGGAACCCGCUCCUGUGGAAUCGAGCACACCCACCGCAGAGACCUCCUCAGAGACCAAGGAGGGCGACGCCAACGCCCCCGAGCAGGAAAAGAAGGAAGAGAAGCCUGCUAAACCCGUCGGACCGACACCAGCCUACAUCUCCACAUCCGACUACUCAUCGCAACCCCUCCCCCGUACUAUCCCCCAGACUCUUUCAGGCUCCGUCCCCAUCGCCUUCCCCCACAUCCUGGGUUUCCUCAACACCCCCAUCAGACUCUACCGCUACCUUAACCAGCGUCACAUGGCCGAGAGCGUAGGCCGCGACGUCGCCGCCAUCGUCCUGGCCUCGUACAGCCGCCCUUACAACACCGGCUCCGGCUCCUCGGAUGCCUCCCCCAUCUCCGACGAUACCCUUGGCAGCACCACCUACGAACAACAGACCGUCCUCGAGGAGGAAGAAAAGGAAUGGCAUAAGUCCGUCCACCGCAAGGACGAAGCCAACCCCGACAAGGAACGCGAGUGGCUCGACGACAUCGUCAUCGACCCACGCCUCGCCUCCCGCAUGCAUCGCUUCAGCGUCUCGCCCGAGGAAGAGGCCCGCGCCCAGCGCAUCCGCGACGGCCAGGAAUACAUCCUGGGCCAGGAACGCCCUGUCCCUGUGUCGUUCUGGAAGCGCAUGUGGGUGAAGUAUGGAUACGGAGAGGAUGAGGAGACGUUGCGGAGAAAGCCCAUUCUGGGCAACCUUGACGAGGAGUAA